CGAUGUCGUCUGAAAAAGAAAGAGCGGGGAUCCGCAAAUUUGUGCGUCGUCAAUUAAGGGAUGAACCAGACUUAAGCAAACUGACUUUGGGGCUUUUAAAAAAACAAUAUCUGGUCCAUGUGGGCCGCGAGUCACUAAGUCCUGAAGCGAAGGCGGUGAUGAAGCAGGUGGUUGAAGAGGAGCUUGCAAACAUGCAGGACAGUGAGGAUGAUGAAAGUGAUUGUGAGGUCGAGGAGCCUCACAUUAAAAGGAAGAGGGAAAAGCAGCAGGAGGAGGAGGAAAGUGAAGAAGAAAAUGAAUCCAGAGCAAAGAAGAGACGAUCUGCUUCUUCAGCGUCGGAGUCUGAGGAUAAAACUGGAAGUGAAGAUGAACGGCAGUCAAAAUCAUCGUCUGAAGGUGAAAAUCAUGAAGUUAAAAAAUCUGAUCCGAAGAGAAAUCCGGAGUGUAAAGAGGAGCCUGUGAGGGACGACUCUUCGGAUGACGAAAUGAACGAGUCCAAGAGCAAAUCUAAUGAAAGUGUUUGCAGUAGUCCUGAGCAAAAGCUGAAGAUCAAAGCAAAUGCUAAAAAUGGAGAAAUAAAAAAUGCAAACGGUGGAAAGAAGACAUCUGAAAGUGAUGCAGAGAGCAGUUCUGAAAAGAGUGACGCAAGCAAUGGCAGGGUGUCAUCUAAAAACAAAGGGAAAGUUUUGGAAAACAAAAGAGAUAACGGGUCAGACUCCGAUUCAUCCUCACCUCCUUCCUUGGAGGAAGAGAAGGAUCACGAAAAAAAGACAAAAGAUGAGAAGAAAAAAACAAUAAAGAGGGAUGAGACCAGCAGAAGCCAAAAGCCGGACAGCGAGAAAGCAAUCGUAAGACUCAAACGCUACAUCUCUCUGUGUGGCGUGAGGAAAAAUUACAAGAAGAUGCUGGAAGGUUGUAAAUCGAUCAAAGCUAAAGUGGCUGUGCUAAAGAAGGAACUGGAAGAUCUUGGUGUCCAAGGUAAUCCAUCCAUUGAGAAGUGUAAAAAAAUAAGAAUGAAAAGGGAGGAAGCUCAGGAAGUGGCUGAGCUUGAUGUUGGGAACAUUAUCACCACACAAGGACGACCUAAACGCAGAGGAAUUUCAGCAAGGAUGGAAUCUAAUGGAUCCCCAUCGUCUGCUUAUCAGCGCACUCUCAACUCCAGCUCCGGCAGUGAUCGGGAAAACCAGACUUCCAGAGAACGCAAAAAAAUAUCAGAAUGGACCAACUUGCGUGGGAUCAUUAGUGAUGACGGAGACAGUUCAUAGUUGACAGCUUAGCUGUCCUGAAUUCAUUAAAAACUUAUCAGCAGAUGAAACUAGUUUAUCUGCUGUGUUGUUGUUUGACCCAUAUUUUAAAAGUUUUGUUAAAAAUUUUAAACUUUUGUAUUGUUUAUACG